ACCCCGCCGUCCGAGCAGCUCGGCGCCGCCACGGCCGUACUCACGUGUUUUUCGGAGAAGAAGGAUGAGGCCUCGCGACAGGGCGGUUUUUGUACCACCUCAAGUGCCGCGAUACACUGGCUGCCCCGCCCGGAUCGCGAGCGCUCGGAGUUCUAUAAAAGAGCCUGUGAUUGGCUGGGCGUGCGCGUGCGCUCGGCUGCUUGGCCGUCUGCGCCCUGCCGGAGCGGCCGGAAGUUCCUGCGACGCCGCUUCGCUUUGCAGUACUGGAGGACGCUGGUCUGCCGAAGCCCGAGACCGUCGCGGCCAGGACUGUGGAGGAGGGGUUCUCAGCCCUCAUUUUGCAAUACAGCCGUGGGUGGAACCAGUUCAUCUGUGUGGGGGUGUUCUUGGGCUCCCGCCCAUCAGCCUGAAAAGCGCAUCUUUGGCGCUGAGACCAAGUGCAAGAACGCUGAAGCUGGCUGCUUGGCGACGUUCCGCUUGACCCAUCGCAAAGAGCACCAGGACUCAUGCCCUUUCGAGCUGAUGGCCUGCCCCAACGAGGGCUGCCCAGCUCGGGUGCCACGUGGGUCCCUGAUUGGGCACCGGCAGCGCAGCCAGCAUGGUGCCCAGCAGCGCUGUUCUGUGGCUGUGGGGGGCCACCCUGGGCCCCUCCAGGCGUGCGCACCUCCAGGCUGCCAAACCUUAGGGCUGGGCGUGCUGCGGCGCAUGAGCAAGGUGCACCGCACCGUCAACCUCUUUCACCGGCACCUGGCGCAGCUGGGAGACUUCCUGGAGGAGGACGACGCCAUGCUCAUGGGCUCCCCGCAACAGGAGGCCCAGACCAUCCCAGAAGGCAGUACUGGGGCUGAGCUGUGGAGUGCCCGGGGCCAAGAUACCUUGUAAUAGAGAGUAAAUAAACGUGGAGCCCAGGUCUGGCCCGCCCCACCA